GGAGGCGGAGGAUGCCAUCCUGCGGCGCGCCCUCGAGGUGCGCCGCGCGGUGGCCGCCGAGGCGCUCGUGGCCGCGCUCAGCGGCGGGAAGGUCGGCGGCCUGACGUACGUCAAGAACCUCACAGCGCGGAUGGGGCCGUUUGUCGACCGCGUCGUCGUCGAGGCCGCCGCAAUGCGGCGGGACCGGCCCGACCUCGCGCACAUGUCCUUCAACGCGCGGGCGAAGGCGUACAUCCAGGAGUCCGGCCUUGUCGAGCUAGUCAAGUGGUUCAAGCACAAUUCGAUGACAUAUCCCCAAAUUGCCAAAGUUGUUUGCGCUUGUUCUGGCGAUUUGGGGAAAGUAAGGACGAUGAUAAAGUGGCUGAGGUCAAUUUAUGUAAAAGGAGAUUUUUUGGGGCGUGUCCUUGCAAACGGUGGAUCUUUUCUGAACCGAAGCUUUGAAGAGUUGGAAGAUAUUAUUGGCUACCUGGAAAGCUGUGGCGUGAGGAGAGACUGGAUUGGUUAUGUGGUCAGUAGAUGUCCCCAGCUGCUGAAUCUGUCCAUGGAUGAGUUGGAGACACGAGUGAGGUUUUAUACAGAUAUGGGUAUGGAUGAGAAAGACUUUGGCACGAUGGUCUAUGAUUAUCCAAGAGAUCUUGGAUUUUUAAGCUUGGAAGAGAUGAACAGUAAGGUUCAAUAUCUGAAAGAGUUUGGUUUGAGCACUGAAGAACUUGGGAGGCUACUGGCUUUCAAGCCACAACUCAUGGCCUGUAGCAUUGAAGAAAGGUGGAAGCCUCUUGUGAAGUAUCUGUAUCACCUUAACGUUUCACGGGAUGGCAUGAAGCGAAUGCUGUUGGUCCAACCUACAAUAUUCUGUCUUGAUUUGGAGACAGUGAUAGCACCAAAGGUACAAUUUCUACAAGAUAUUGGUGUACGGAGUGAUGCAAUUGGCAAUGUGCUUGUGAAGUUCCCUCCUGUAUUAACUUAUAGCCUAUACAAGAAAAUACGCCCAGUGGUUAUUUUUCUGUUGACGAAAGGUGGAGUAAAACAGGAUGACAUUGGAAAGGUUAUUGCUCUGGAUCCACAGCUCUUGGGCUGUAGUAUUGCACACAAGCUAGAAGUUAGUGUCAAGUAUUUCCGGUCAUUGGGGAUCUACCACUUUGUGCUCGGUCAGAUGGUUGCCAACUUCCCAGCACUUCUUAGAUACAACGUGGAUAUCCUAAGACCAAAAUACCAGUACUUGAGGCGUGUGAUGGUGCGGCCACUGAAAGAUCUCAUCGAGUUUCCACGGUUCUUCAGUUACUCCCUGGAGGACAGGAUAGAGCCUCGGCACCAAACACUGGUGGCCAACAGGAUCAACAUGAAGCUGCGGUACAUGUUGACUGGAUCUGAUGAAGAAUUUGCAGAGAGGGUGCAGGAGGCCGUCGAGAGGAGAGCGAGAUUCGAAGCUGGAAAAGGUGUUGCAGAGACAAUUCCAGAUGCUCCAGAGACAUCUGAGGAGGAAGAAACUACAGAAGCAGCAGCAUGCUGAAACAGCGUGGAGGUAAAUUAGAUAGAUGUAGUAUUUCUGAAAAAAAGAAAAGAAAAGAAAGAAAACAAUCAUAGCUUGCCUCCUUGCCUUGUACAUGUUCUGAAGGAAAAAAAAAACAGGUAUUUUAGAUUUU